UCCAUCUGACACCGUAUCCGUGUCCCAUACACAGCGUUGCUUCAUUCAGUUUCCACUCAGUGUUGAGUGUAACAACGUCAUCAUGAAUAUUACCUUCAGCAUCUUCCUUAUCCUCCUGACAGUGUACGGAACGUCAGCGGGGAGGCGCAGCAAGCGGUCAGAGUCACAUUGCGUCCGAGCCACUGACCAUAACGGAGACGGAGUCCUCUCGCAAUCGGACGACGCUGACUGCACGCUGUACUACGAGUGUUAUGAGACCUACCACGUGGUCAAAAGGUGCCCCUGUCCCAAGGUUUGGCAACAGUCCACGGAGUCCUGCAUUGACUACUCGUGCAUGCCUGAAUCUUCCAAUAUCCCCUGCACUAUCGCUGUGACUGGGUUCGACCUCGCGCUGUACGACACGAGCGGAGGGCAUCUGCUGAACGUCGAGCCUCAGGUCUCAGCAACAGUGUUUGAUCCGUUCAUGGAUCGACUUGUAUUUGCCGGCGAGUCAACCGUGAAAGAUAGUAACUCAAACGGAACAGAGGUGGAUCUGAUAGCCGACCUAGGUAUUGAUGUCGACUAUAUGGCGAUGGGCGAGGACCUAUUUCUUGUGUCUGGCAAUAAAGUGUAUCAGCUGGAUGGAGUGAAUGCAACCACCAAGUUGCUAGUUACUGCAACCGCCCCCAUCCGUGAUAUACGUUACAAUCCAAACGACAAACAGCUGUACUACCUGGUAGGCAAUGGCGAGGAUGCCGUGUACAGCUUCAACCCAAGUGAUGACCCGAUAACUGUGUCCAGCAUCGAAGUUAACGGGCCACCCGACCACCUCGCCUUAAACGUUAAUGAGAAUGAACUGAUUUACAACACAAUCUCUGGCCUCUACAGGCAUGAGAUCGGCCACGAGGAAGGUCACGACGAGGAAGAGGGCCUGAUCAUGGCCGGUUUUCCCUAUGUAACAGCCCUUUGUGCCUACAACAACAAAAUCUAUGACAUCAGAGCCGGCAUGGUCGAAAUAAGACUGUUGGACGGGUCGUUGGAAAAGUCAUUUGGAGUCAGGUCCGCCUUCAGCAUCGAACCUUAUGGAAAGUGUUAAACGAUUUCCGUCGGCAAAAUCGGCAAAGCGAGAAGAAUGGACCGUUCACAAUGAGCUGUAACCAUCGUUUUUCCUGCAUUUGAAUAAACGUCCACCUCGUUCAGAGAG